CCUUAACCUGUAUAUGUUUUUCUUUGCAUUCAACGUAAAAAAUUAACCAUCUAUUUUGUUGUUUUGAAAGAUAUAUUUCUUUCAUUGUCAGUUAUUGUAACUGUGUUAGCUUAUGUAGAAUAAUUUCAUCAAUAAUUUUCAUUCUUUAGAACCUGUACCAAAAAUUAGUUAUUUCAGUUACAAUGAAUCUCAUUAUAGAUGAGAACACUGAAAAACCUUUUCAGUGCAGUGAGUGUCCUUUAACUUUCAAAAAGAAAUAUCUUCUUUCUAGACAUUCUCUUGUUCACACUGAAGUGAAACCAUUUGUGUGUGGUGAAUGUAGCAAAUCUUUUCGUCAUAAAUGUACAUUGCAAAGGCAUGAACGAAUUCAUACCAACAUUAGGCCUUUUGUAUGUCAUAUUUGUGACAGUUCAUUCCGUGAUAAAAGUUCUUUGACUAAACAUAAACUUACUCACACAGACAGAAAACGCCAUAUGUGUGAAAUUUGUAAUAAUUUAUUUAAAGAUAAAAAUAGUGUUAAAAGGCACAUGCGAAUUCACUUAGGUGAAAAACCGUAUGUUUGUGAUAUAUGUUACAGAGCAUAUAAUAAUUCUACUGGCUUGACAAUUCAUAGGAGGACGCAUACAGGAGAAAAACCUUAUUUAUGUGAAGUAUGUAGUAAAGCAUUCGCUGAUAAAAGUACUCUUGUGCGACAUAAACGAACUCAUUUACGCGAUUUGUGUAUGUAUGGUAAUAACGAAAUGUCAUCUUAGAUUUUUAAGCUAUUUGUUAAUCUUCACUGAUAUAAAACUUUGAAAUAAAUAUGAAAUAAUGCA